AUGCCCGGGAUCAAGCCCGAUGGCGCGAAAGCGCUGGUGCGCAGCAGCUACAACUUCAACGACAAGGAGAUAAAGUUCAACAUCUCCACGUUUUGGGGCCAGAUGUGCGACGUGCUGUGCAGUGCGCUACCAGCCACGGGCAUCAAGAACAAGAAACGUGCCGAAACAGCCCUAGCUCCGAAAACCGUAUUGGCCGCCGACGUCAAACAACUUCAAGACAGCGCCAUACCGCCGGCCGCGGGGGCCAAAUGUCUAACGCUUGAAGCCAGAACUCGCAACGCAGGUUGCUGUUAUGGUGCGGUGGUGGCAGUAGCAGACUAUUUGCCCCACCCAUCAGUAGUGUUAUGCUGGUCCGGUAAAGGCCCACAUUACCUGAGUGAUUAUCCAAGCGAUUAUCCAAACGCGUCCGAGGCUACGAAGCUCGCGAACGCCAAGACGGAGCGAGCAAGAAGCCAGCUUUGGCGAAGCAGCUUAAAGACCUGA